UAAUGUAAAGACUGUACAAAAUGCUUCGUUAAAAUAAAAUCACAUUAAAAUUCAUCCAUACUCGAAAAGGCUUAUCCUCACUCGGGUCGCGGGUGUGCUGGCGCCUACCUAAAAUCAUACAAUUAAAUUCAGCCUCAAAAGCCUUCAGUCUCCACAACCGUAUAUGAAAAUCUCCUCUUCAGAACAUCCGUGCAUACAUUCAUCGGUUCCCGACCACUGAGGGCCUUGGCGCGCAUGCCGAGCUAAAUCUUUGUUCAAUCUCUAUUGUGCUUUACGACCCUCCGACCCCGAGGCGGGGAUCCCGCCACACUUUGACAAGGACUCGUAGCGCGAUGUUAUAGGCGCACUUUUAGAAAAUUGUCACAGAGACAUAAGAAACCUGCCUGAUUACUAGCCGUAGACACGGCCCUGUCUGAUUCCCAAUAGGACGUGGUUGCUGCCGUGGCAACCGCAUAUGCGUUUCGCAGGAUAAUCAAAGGUCAGAGUAAUAACCGUGGCUGUUUUACAGCCGUUGUUUCACUCCACCCAGGAAGAUAACGCACACAUGCAGGCAGGCACAAUUCUUCAGUUUGAGACCCAAGCGAAAGCACCAUGCCGUCCACAACCAAGACCCUGCACUUCCUGUCCAGUGCGCUGGUCACCUGCGUAUCGGCGGGGAUCCUGGGCUUCGCCAUGUCCACGCCGUGGGCCACCAAGGCCAUGAUGUGCGCCCGAGACGGCAACGACUUCUUAAACGGCUCGGCCGCGGUUACGCUGGGGCUCUUCAACGGCAGACUGGAACGGGUGCUUUGUCCCCUUUUCGGACUACCCGUUGACUUUCAAGUGUUCCCCAAGUUGGUGGAGACCAAAGGCGUCCCGGUGGUGCUGCACGCCGUGUCUGUGUGUCUGCUGGUGUUGUGUCUGCUGUGCUCGGCCGUCAGCAUCCUGAUCUCGCUGUACAACAGCGUCAGUAACCCCUACGAGACGUACAUGGGCCCCGUGGGCCUCUACACCUGUAGCACCAUCAGCGCAUGUUUGUCCGUCGUGGUGCUCAUCCUAUUCGUGGUCAACUUCAGCGUGACCACCGUGGCGGAGGAUGUGGUGAGGAGCUUCGACAAGAACACCCUGGUGGAGUUUAAUAUCGUCUCCUCCCAGAUGCUGCUGGGCUACUACCUGCUCAUCCCGUACGCGGCGCUGUCGCUCCUCGCCGUCGGCCUCAUCUAUAUGUACGACCGCGCCGCCUACACGCAACGGCGAGAGCAGCAGCGGCCCACCGAGGACGCUCCCAGGGAGAUCAUGAUGUACUAGCACCCUCCUUAAUUGAGGGAACUUCAAUUAACUUAUUUUAAUGACAAAUUGCAGGUUGGGUGAAUGAACUGUAAAUAGUUAUCAGGUUACUAGCAUUUCUAAUGAGAAUUUACCAGAUACUUCAUUUGUGAUGAAAAUGUACAGAAUGCUAACACGCUAACAGUUGAUAUGUCAACAUACAGCAGGAUAGCGAGCUAAUUAGAAAGAGCGCUAAGGCCGCUCAAUGAUCAAUGUGACGCAAGCUCCGGAGUUAGAUACAAUUUGUAAUGAGAAUGGAUAAAAUGCUAACAUGCCAACAGUUCAUGUGCUAAAAUAUAGCAAAAUAGACUUAUGGAGAGGAGAAGUACUAAGACAGGUUGAUGAGGAUUUUACAUGCUAACAUGUAGCAAGAGAGCAACGUAUGGGGUGGAGAAAGUCUGGGCGAUAUUUCCUGGUGUCGGGUACCAUUUCAAGUGCUGAGAACGGAUCAAAUGCUAAAAUGUUAGCAGUAAUUUUACACCAGCCCUUUAGUUGGUUACUAAUCAUAAUGAGAAUCAAUGAAAUGCUAACUUGCAAACAGUUUGGAUGCUAACAUGUAGCAAACCUGAAUUGAAAGAGAGCUAAGUACUAGUUCAAGUGAGACCUGAUAAAAUGCUAAUGUGCUAACAUUUGGUAUGCUAACAACAUAUUUAAAGGUCUCAAUUAGAAAAUAAAAGUGAGAAAACGUUAAAUGACCCCAAAAAGUUGAGCAACUUUUCUGACACAGUUGGUAGGGCUUGUUUACUAGUUGUGCCAUCGGAGCUUUUGGCAUCCAGAAGUGCGUGUGACGUCACAAAGCACAUAAAGUAGGCGUUGGGAAUUAGGACAUUUGAUUGUUUAAAAAAUAGAAAAAACAAGACAAAAGUGAAGGCGGAGCUUUUUCUCAUCCCAGCUGCUGGCGUUGACAUGGCAUCAGGGUCCGAGGUGUCCCGUGUCCCAUCACUCACCUGGGUCACCUGGACCGUGUUUGGACACGUCCCUCCUUGCGUUCCUCUCGCAACGCCUGCUAACUGCCUUCAAAGAGCCUCUCGCACUUCAAGGCAGCUGCGGAGGGACGGCGCAAUUUGCUCUUUUUUUUUUUCUCGAAUAUGGAUUAUGUUUCGGAGGAUGUGCACUCGGCCGAGAGGAAACGGGAAGCGGGUCACUGUUUGAUCUGCCGAUGUGGCAAUUAGUCAUCUGUUUCGUAUGGUUUUAACACCCCCCCCCCCCCCCCCCCCCCCCCGCCCCCCCAAAGUAAGACAAAUGAAGGACAAAGCUGCAUACGGUAGUGGGACGAUGUUGGACGAAGCAGGAUGAAGCAAAAACAAAAAAAGCUAAUUAAAGGUGAAGCAAGAUGAGGUGGAUCAAAGUGCGAUGACGCAGGAUGAAGUGGGACAAAGUAGGUUAAUGAAGUGAGGAAUAGAGUGAUGGGGAAUGAAGUGGGACAAAGUAGGUUAAUGAAGUGAGAAAUAGAGUGAUGGGGAAUGAAACAGCCCAAAGUCCCGGUCCAUACCCUGGCUAUUAAGUUGGAAAAAAAAAAGUUCUCUCCGUGAAGUGUGCACUCACGGCCGACAACGAGGCGCUCUAAAGCGACCACGCCAAUCCAAUUUCGGCGUGCAGGCAUAGCUAGCUAGCUAACCGCAUGUCGCAAUUGCACAGGAUACCCGGUGAUGUGAAUGCAGGCGCUCAAGUUGGUUAUAGUGGGUAAGGGGUGACCUUUAGCCACGGCCCCAAAAAAUUCAGGAAAACUGGAAAAACGGUGAAAAACAGUACAAUACUAUCACCACAAUUGAGUACUAUAGGGUUCUCAGUAUUUGCAUGUUUUCAUCAAAUAUCGGUUGCAUCACGUUGAGUCUGGGAACGUUAGCUACAGAAACACAGCUGACGCUGAAGAUUAGCUCCAUUGGCAAGCGGAACGAGGUCAUUUUUUUGUGUGUGUGUUUAUCAGAAGACCGUCGUGUGCUUCACUGUAUUUGGUCCUGAACAUAGAACUGAUACUGUGUUCAUUUGUACUUAUUUUCCACGACGUCUGCCGGUACCGAUCUGAAAAUAAAGCAAAGCAAACGUCUGAAAA